AUGUUUCGAGCUCGCUCUCUGGUACGUGGCCUGGUUGUUGCUGUUUGUCUAUUGUUGGCGGCCACGUUUUCCGUGUCGCUUGUAGCUGCGUUGUCGCCUGUGAGUACGGUUAGCUGGACCUGGAUAGGUGGAGAGACGGGUAGAGAUAAUCCUGGUAAUUAUGGAACGCUGAACCAGACUUCAGCAGAUAGUGUUCCAGGUGGCCGUUACGAUUCUGCAGCCUGGGUCGGAAGUUCGAGCUUGGUAUACUUGUUUGGCGGGGUUGGGGGUGGAAACCCAUAUCUGAGCUACUUUAAUGAUCUAUGGACCUUCAACUUGACCUCACAUGAAUGGACGUGGAUAGGAGGUUCCUCAGAAGCCGACCAACCAGGAGUGUACGGCACAGUCGGCACAGGCAGCCCAGCCAAUACACCUGGCAGUCGUUAUCGAAGCGCGUACUGGCAGAUGGACGAGCAGCAUUUCUGGUUGUUUGGUGGCCUCGGUUAUGAUCGGAAUGCAAACUUUGGCCCCAUGAACGACAUGUGGAUGUACGAUACAGAAAGCAGAGUCUGGACUUGGGUCAGCGGGAAUGAUACGGUAAAUGCCGGCACGAUAUAUGGAGCGGAGGGCGUCUUUGGUCCUUCCUACAAUCCUGGGUCCCGAGGCAGUGCAUCAUUCUGGUUGGGUGCUGACGGUACUUUUUGGUUGUUUGGUGGUGAAAAUAAUCUUGGGGAUUCUGUCUCCGAUCUGUGGUCAUUUAAUCCCACUACACUGCAAUGGGCAUACAGAGGCGGAUCACAACUUGCUAACCAGCCUGGCAACUAUAGCGCACCUGGCGUGGCGAACAAUUCGAGUGCACCAGGUGCGCGCAUCGUCGCGAAUACCUGGACAGAUUUUGAAGGAAAUCUCUGGAUGUUCGGUGGUCUUGGCUACGGCGACAGCACAGCACCAGGACAAGGGAAGUUGAAUGAUCUCUGGGUCUACAACAUAAGUCAAUCUGUAUGGAUUUUUAUCGCAGGGAAUACCACUAUUAACAAUCCAGGAUCUUAUGGAAGUCUCGGUGCUUUCGCCCCAACCAGUUACCCUGGUGCAAGAGACUCAGGCGUGAGUUUCGUGGAUUCUUUGGGUAAUCUGCUACUUUUUGGUGGUGAAGGAUAUGGGAAUACUCGUGAGAGCCCCGGUGAUUUGAACGAUUUGUGGGUAUUUGAUAUGACACUGGGUCAGUGGGCGUGGAUCAAUGGCAGCCAAAAUGGAUUUGCACUUUCCGUAUAUGGAUUUUUGAAUAAGACCAGCCCUAGUGUUUCGCCUGGCGGUCGAACUGGGUCAGUUUUCUGGAACACAAGUGGGACUGAUCCGGUCAUGUUUGGCGGAUUUGGAUACUCAAACACUAGCAUUCCUGGCUAUCUCAAUGAUGUUUUCGCACUGAGUGAAACGUUCUUUACGCCUACCCCUACGCCUACGCCAACAUCAACGCCAACUCUGACACCAACGAUUACGCCAACUGCUACUGCGACCCCGACACCCACGCUGACACCUACACCGACACCGACACCGACUGCGACACCGACACCGACACCGACACCGACUGCGACACCGACUGCGACACCGACUGCGACACUGACACCGACACCUACACUGACACCGACACCGACACCUACACCUACACCUACACCGACACCGACUGCGACGAUGACUCCGACAAUUACAUCAUCGCCAACGAUUACUGUAACAGAGUCUCCAACGACAGUGACGAUGACGCCGACGAUGACUCCAACUGCAACAACGUCACCAACAAUCGUGCCGACGACGAUUUCCACCUCGAUUGCGAUAUCCGUUCAGAAUCUUUCUCUUUGUUUGGCCGUGGCGACGGAUUUGCAGAACGAUCUCGAGGCUCGCUUCACGGGCCAGGUAGUGAAUGUCAGCGUGACUGAUAACUGCGACACGGUCUUCGGUUCGGGCACAUCAAGGCGCCUCGCCACCACAUUAGACAAGAGCAAUCUUCGUCUGGAACGAGCAUUGGUGCGCACUUCGGGCGGCAGUGUUGUGACCUAUGUGAUUAAGAUCUCAGGAGACACAUCCCUCGCCAGUGAACUGCAAAGUGUGCUUCAAACUUUCACCGACCAGCUUUCUACAAUUCUACCCUCUGGUGCGACACUUGCUAUUAUAACCCCGACACCGAGUGCAACGCCAACACCAGUUUGCACGAGUGAAAUCUGCGGUUCUCCGGGCCAGUACACAAACCAGGACGCUUGCGAGCAAGUCGGGUGCUGCUUUAACUCCCAGACGAACGCGUGCACCCUGAAGAGCGUCUCAGCGGCGUGCAGCGCUGUUCCAGUGACGCAGCGCGUCCCCUGCGGCUGGAGCUACAUCUAUCCCGACGAGUGCACUGCGAUACCGGGAUGCUGCUGGCAGCCAACGGCAAACGGCAUCCUGGCACCCUGGUGCUACUACGACAUCAACCAUGCACCGCAGGCCUCUGUAGCGCUGCAGGAGGUGCAGGCACCAGUACCCGUCUGCCCGUCACCGGGAGCGCAGCGCCAGCCGUGCGGCAACGCGGGUAUCAACCAGUUUACGUGCUAUGCCCAGGGCUGCUGCUACGACUCGCAGGCGCAGAACCAGUGGGUGCAGAACGGCAAGCAGCAGAGCGACUUUGAGUCGAACCCGUACUGCUUCCAGCCCGAGAAGACGUGCGCGGUGGGCGAGUUUGAGCGCCAGCCGUGCACGAACGCGGUGAAUCAGAACCAGCAGCUGAACAAUAACAUCAACAACAACCAGUUUGUGCGUCUGCUGAACACGCUCCUGUACGGAGAGCAGCACGGGACGCAGCGCACGAGCUACUCGCCACAGCAGUGUCUGGAGGCUGGUUGCUGCCUGGGGCUCAGCAACGAGUGCUUCCAGCCGAUGACCGAGUACGUGUGCCAGACCUACGGGUAUGUGUCGAACUCGCUGAGCGGCACCACUAGCAACGUAUCGAACUCGAGCUAUAUUGCUUGCGGCCCCGAGUGCUGCAACGCCGAGACGCAGAACUGCACGUACAACCCGUUCAGCAACAACAACAACCAGCAGCAGCAGCAGCAACUGCAGCAACAGCAGCAACAACAGGUGCUGCUGCCGUCAUUCUGUGUGUGCAAGGACCCUACGAAGCAGUGCGGGACGUACCUGAUCCCUUCGGAUAACCUUGUGAGCAAGGUGCGUUGCUGCCGCGCUGACGAGGAGUGCAUCAACAACCAGUGUGUGGUGAUUAGUUCAACACCGACUCCGAGUCCCGUGGCUGUGACAGCGGCACCCUCUGCGACGGUGUCUGCAACAGUCUCUGCGACAGCUUCUGCGACGGUGUCUGCGAGUGCAUCAACGAGUGCAUCAGCGAGUGCUUCAGUUUCAGCUUCUGUGUCGACGUCUGCGAGCGCCUCGGAAUCAGCGACAUCUUCAGCUCCACCGACUGCGUGA